AUGGCAACUCUUAUCGAAGGAAUUAGAGACGAAUUAAAAGAUGCAAAAAGAAACCACGAAGAAGCCAAGGAUAAGUUGAAGGAAUUCGAAGAUGGGGAAGAUGACGGGCAGUGGUUGAGGGGAUUGAGGAGAAAGUCCGAAUUGGAAUUAGAAAGUGAAGAUGUUGAUACAAAAGCAUUAAAUCGUGUUAAAAAAAUAAAAUACUCUGCAUCAGAAUUUGCCUUAUCAAAAAAUUGGGUUCAAGAGUUGAAUUGUCCUAAUCCACCAUUUUUAAAUGGUCGUCCACCGAAUAAUUAUGACAUACCUAUUACCUUAUAUAAUGAAGUUUUUGGGAAGUUUUUAAGAGAUUGCAAAGAUCUUAGUAUAACAAAUAAGGACAAAAAUAUAGUUUGUGAACUACUAUUAACAAUGAGUGGUACUUUUAUGUCACACAAUGAAAGAAUAGAAGCAUUCCAAGGGUGGGCUAGAAAGUUUAUUGAUUAUGAUACAACAUCUUAUAAUUUUAGUAAUAAACAGUCAAUUGAUGGAGUAUGGCGGAAGGAAUACAAUGGAAAAACUAUUCUAUUAACUAUCUUUGAAUUCAAGAAUGAGUUUUCAUCAACUGAUCCUUACAUGCAAGCAAGCAAAUAUUAUUCAGGAUAUUUUGAAGAGUUAUAUGAGGAAAAAUCAUAUAUUCUUCAGCAAACUUGUGUACCAACUUUUCUUGUUUACAUUUAUGGUCCUUAUUUUGGAAUUGCAGGUGCAGUUGUAGGACAAAAUAUCACCAUUGACCCACUUGUAGAAGGAUCACUAAUUUUCAGACAUGGAAACAAGUUCUGGAUAGAUCAGAUAAUAAGGGUUUUCUGUGCAUUACGAAAAGCCAAUAACCAUCUUGAUAAAUACUAUAGUCAAAUCCCAAAAUUCCAAGUGAGUAAGGAAGUAACAAGACAAGAACGUUUUCCUUUUUUAAGAAAUUAUAAAUCAACUUCUGGAGAAAUUAUAAAUAUUGAAUAUGUAAAUCGUAUUGACAGUGAAAUUAAGAAACUUAUUUUUUUGAUAAGGGAACUAGGAGGGAGAAAGCAUAUUUUAAAAUUUGCUACUUCAUACAAUGCAAAGGUACAUAAUUUCUGCUUUAACCAAGGGUUUGCACCAGAACUGAUAAAAUUUGACAACAUUGAAAACACUGAUUACAAAUUUAUUAUUAUGGAAUAUCUUGAUGGAUUCAAUAUUAUGACUGAUAUAUGGUACAGAUUAAAUGAGAAAGAAAAGUCAGAAUUGAAAGCAAAGAUUUUAGAUGCAGUAAACAUAAUGCAUGAUAACAAUUUUGUUCAUGGUGAUCUACGUUUCAACAAUAUAAUGACAAAAUUAGAUUCAAAUGGAAGUUGGAUUGUAAAGUUCAUAGAUUUUGACUGGGCUGGAGAUAAUGGGGAAGCAGAAUAUCCACAAUUUUUGAAUAAGGAAAUUAAUUGGCAUAGUGAUGCACAACAACUUGGUAAAAUUUUUCUUGAUCAUGAUAAUCAUUUAAUCAAUCAUUAUUUUAACAAUUAUUAG